CAGAAGCACGGAUCACGUGGUCCACCAGGCAUCAGCUGAUGACUUCCUUGUUGCCAUUCAGCUUGUCGUCAGAGAUAAGAGCAAUUGUAGAAGCGCUUUCUUUCAUCAAAGAACAGACGCGGUUUCCUUGGGCUUGUUGGUGUCAAAUUGUGGAUUAAGGAGAAUUUUGCAGCUGUGUCCCUCUCCUCUGCCGUCGCUAACAUUCUAUCCAUGAGUACCUCGGACAGUGAAGAGGACACCUACAAUGAGAGGACAGCUCUGGUUGCACCCGAGAUACCGUCUGUGCCAUCUUACCAACAAGACCCCGACCAAACCCAGCCUGCAGACAUGGAGCCCAGGCGGCGCCUGGUGGCCCCAGAUUCUGCAGCUGAACCCCCCAGCCUGAACAGGAGUGCCGCGGAGCAGGAGCACCUAGACCUGGAAGAAGACGAGGAGCUCACACUCAAGUACGGCGCCAAGCAUGUCAUCAUGCUGUUCGUUCCCGUCACCCUUUGCAUGGUGGUCGUCGUAGCCACCAUAAAGUCGGUCAGCUUCUACACUGAGAAGGAUGGACAGCAGCUGAUCUACACGCCGUUCACAGAGGACACAGACACAGUGGGUGAGCGGCUGCUCAACUCUGUGCUCAACACCAUCAUCAUGAUCAGCGUCAUUGUGGUCAUGACCAUCUUCUUGGUCGUGUUCUACAAGUACCGCUGCUACAAGUUCAUUCACGGAUGGCUCAUCCUGUCCUCACUGAUGCUGCUCUUCUGUUUCAGCUUCAUGUACCUGGGGGAGGUAUUUAAAACCUACAACAUGGCCAUGGAUUACCCCACAGUAGCCAUGAUCAUCUGGAACUUUGGGGCGGUGGGAAUGAUCUGCAUACACUGGAAGGGGCCCCUGCAGCUGCAGCAGGCCUACCUCAUCGCCAUCUCAGCCCUCAUGGCCCUGGUGUUCAUCAAGUACCUGCCCGAGUGGUCCGCCUGGAUCAUCCUGGGAGCCAUCUCUGUCUACGAUUUGGUUGCCGUCUUGUGCCCUAAAGGUCCUCUAAGGAUGCUUGUGGAAACAGCACAGGAGCGUAAUGAGCCCAUCUUCCCUGCACUCAUAUAUUCAUCUGCCAUGAUAUGGAUGGUUGGGAUGGCCAACCCAGCAAGAAAUGCAGAGCCCACAAAUCAAGAUACAGUGUCCUCGGGGAUGAAUAGGUCCUACUCAACCGAGGACGACCUAGACGAGGAAGACCGAGGUGUCAAGCUGGGACUGGGGGACUUCAUCUUCUACAGUGUGCUGGUGGGGAAGGCUGCCGCCACUGGAGGAGACUGGAACACCACGCUGUCCUGCUUCGUGUCCAUUCUCAUAGGACUCUGCCUCACUCUUCUGCUGCUGGCCAUAUUCAAGAAGGCCCUCCCAGCUCUCCCMAUCUCCAUCACCUUCGGCCUGGUCUUCUACUUCUCUACAGACAACCUGGUCCGCCCCUUUAUGGACAACCUCGCUGCCCAUCAGUUCUACAUCUGACUUCCCUCUGGGGGUCAAUAGAAUGCACAACAAUUUCCCCCCCCAUGCCUGUUCUGUUUUCCACCAAUAGUAGUCUGAGCAAGGAUUUGAUUGGGGGGGGGGGCGCUGUAAUACUUUUUAAUCAGAUUGUGUAUAUUUUUGCUAACAGGUCAACACAAAUGAGGGUAAAAUGCAUCAAGUAUUGUCUCAUGGGGUCUUCAACGUGGCAGAUAUACAGUAGGUGUAUCUGUCUGUUAUUUUCCAGAUCUAGGAUGGCGUCAAUUUGUUUCUUCUCAUUAGAUAGGUCAAUUUUGAUAAGAUGCAGGUCAUUGUGAAUGAUCAGAAGAAAUCACAUUUGUAUUACUACGCACUAUAGAUCAAUUUGAAUUAGGCAUUUAUGUCCCACUCAACCAACUUUGGGUUCUUUUGAGGAUAACUUGGCARURCAAUAGWUCAAGUGAAGUGGUAACUUGAACAGUCAAGACAUGCUGCAGUGAUCCAUUCAAGUCAAAUCUCCUGGUUUUUAAAGGGGCAGUGCAGUCCAAAACUUGAUUUAAUGAUAUUUUCCCACCAAGGUCAAAAUAACUCUGAAAUUGGGAAAAUGAUAAUACCCUUUUUGUGUGAGGUUUAUUUUUUUACUCCUGGAAUUUGCCUGUUCAGGUGGGAUGGAGUUUUUGGCCCACAGCAUGACAUCACAAUCCAAUCUGAUUAUUCUGACCAAUAACCCAU